AUGUAUUGCGUUUCCAUGCAAGUUUGUCAGGAAGCUAUUGAAAACAGCGAUUUGGUCGAUGGUUUCAAUAACUUCUUAAGAGUGUGCGACGAUGAGAUGUACAUCGAGAUGCUGAAAAUCUCUUGCAAAAUUGCAGCUAUUUCCCAAAACACAUGUUUUAAAAUGUUGAACGACGGCGUUUUGGAUAUUAUUAUGAUACGUUUGGAUCCACAUUGGAGAACGAGAAUGAAUUCACCAUGCGAUAUCGAUGAAGACGUUAAAAAUUUCGACGAGAGCUUACAGCUACUAUCAAUGUUGCUUGAGACCAUCAAAAAUGCACCUAAAGAAAAAGUUGUUAAUAUUAAACCACCUGGUUUGGAAGCCGCUUGGGCGAUGCGUUACGUCUUUCGUUACAACAUGUCUUCUAUAAACAGAAGAAUAGAUCGUAAUUAUACAACAGCGAUGAUAUUGCUUCUGGCAGAUUUAUUUCCAAAAUUUAGAUUGCUGCAGUCAGGUUUAUCGGAAGAUAUUUGCACGUUGUCCGUUGCCACUGAAUUGGGUACCGCAGGAACUUGGGCUGCUGCUCUUCACUUCUAUACAAUUGACGAGGAUUAUGAAUUUAAACGGAUGAUUAUAGUCGCUAUUUAUUAUUGCACCAAAGAGUUAGGAGCGUUGAAAAUUGUCAAAGAGAAACAUGUUAUACUUUGUUUGAUGAAAUUGCUGAUUCCUGAGCAAUACAAUGAUUGGUGCCCAGAAUAUUUGUGCAAGAUUAGAUAUACGGCGUUGAAUGUCUUAGAAAGAAUCAUGCAUAUAAUAUAUCAGGAUUUCAUCGAGAUAAACGGAAUCGCACGGAUUCUAUUACUUUUGAAUUAUUUUGUGAUCAAACCUUAUGCAAUGGACACACUCAUAUCCUGUCUCAAAUGCUUGAAAUCUCUACUCUUCACCAAACACGACGAUGAAAUAUUGAAGCAAUUCAAAGCGCAUAACGCCAAAGAGAUAUUGAGAAAUAUUGUCAAUAUACUUUAUGUAAAAGAUUUGAAUACCUCGAAUCAAAAGGCCAUGACUUCUAUCUUUUCAAUUAUGGCCUUGCUCAUUAAAUGUGGGGAAGAUAGUUUUUCAGCAGACAUUGAUAUUUGCCUUGAAUUCAUGCGACGCAUUCUGAAGCCGAAUCCAAAUGAUAUUUUGUACGAUUCGAAACUCGCCAUAACAAUAAUUAAUUACCUUUGGGAAUUGGCCAUUUUCCACGACAAUAAUUUAAUCUAUUUUGUUAAAGCGAAUGGAGUCUACUUAUUGCUAGAUAUAAUCAGAGACGCUCCGUUUCCUGUUAAAUUGGUUGCGUUGGGAUUCCUCGUGGAAAUUGCCGAAGAAGGCACCGGAAUUCCGUACCUUGUGACAUGGCGCAACAAAAAAUUAUCGCUAAUUCCGCUUCUGCUGAAAAUUUUCAGGGAAGAAAACUGUCUUAUUGGAGUGAAGACAAUGGAACGUGGAGUCGUCGAGGGUUUGAUUUAUAUAUCUUAUCCUAUUAUGGGAAAAAUGCAAAGAGAAAUCAAAGUGACUAAUAAUACUGAAAGAAGUCCAGCAAUCGCCGAUAUGGAAUUCAGUUGCAGACCAAAGUUGUAUGCUAUUAUUCAACUAUUGAAUGAACGACAUAAAGAUAAGGUGGAAAUUGCUAAUGAGCAUUACAAACUCUAUGGAUACGAUCUGACUAUUGACGAUAUGAUUACCAAAUUAGUGUGCGAAAACUAUUUGACUUUAAAGUUGGGCGAAGCAUGGAUGGAAGUGAAACAGUGCAUAGAACUUAGACCCAUAGAAAUUGUGCCGUUCGAUCAAUUCCUACUCAACACCAUGAUCAAAAAUUAUUACAAAUGGGGGGCUGAUAUUCAAAAAAUGCAACUGGAAUUGUUGAAGUUAGAAGGUAGAAAAGAGUACUUUUCUGAGGAAGACUUUUACAAUUUACUGCGCGAAGCUAAAUUAGGGGAGGCUUUAAUUGCGUUGAAGGAAUUAAGAUAUUUGGCGAAAUGCUCGGAAGCUCUUUUCAGAAUGGCUUCGAAUGUGAGAGAAAGCUACGUAAGGGAUAGUGGACAACACAAACAUAUUACCUACAAUUUGGAUUUGAAUAUAACUAAUGUCGUUGGUCAAAAAUUGCUAAUCGAAAGCGAUAGAAUUAUUGAUCCGUUUACGGAAAUACCUCCAUCUCCGGUAUCUUUGGAAUCAAACAAUGUUUCCAUAGGAGAUUAUCCGAAAAGAGAAAACUCGGUAAUAUCUUUGGAUAUUAGUCCAGACUGUCAUUAA